AUGAAGUUGAAGAUGAAGUUGAAGGCACAUCUCAGCAAGUUAUGGUUGCAAAUCAUUGUAUUGAAGAAGGAACAAAACAUUGAUAAAGAAUUAGAUGGCAAUUUAAUUGGAGAAGCAAGGAAAACAACCGAUGAGAUUUAUGAUCUAUAUUGCAAACAUGCUGCUAUUAUUGGUUUUAGUGUACGAAAAGGGAAGAAUAGAUAUAAAGAAGGAACCACAAUUGUUAAUGGAAAGUACUUCUACUGCUCUGCUGCUGGAAUAAGAGACCCUCCUAAAAACAAAGAACUCAAAAAUGAAGAUGAUCAAUCAGAUGCAAAGAAGAAAGAAAGGAGAAAGAGAGUUAUGAUAACAAGAACAAAAUGUGAAGCUCAAAUAUUUGCAAAGAUGAACCAAAAUGGAGAUUUUGAAAUAGAAAAGCAUGUAGUGGUACACAAUCACCCAUUGACAAGAGAAAUAAGUAAUUAUCUCCACCGAUCGGAACGACAAAUGACAGAGCCCAAAAAAGAAGCUAUUGAGGCAAUGUCAGAAUGUGGUCUAAGACCAAUGGAGUCUUAUAGAUAUAUGUCAACAGAAACUGGUGGAGACGACUGUGUAGGUCAUACAAUGAUUGAUCAUCUAAACUACUGCUACAAGUUAAAAAUGAAGCAAAUUGAUGGCAAGGAUUCACAAACACUAGUGAACAAACUGUAUGACUUAAAAUCAAUAGAUCUUGAGUUCUUUUUCCGAGUAAGACUCAAUGAUGAAGGAAAAGUUGAGUGUCUAUUUUGGAGGGAUUCUAUGAUGAGAGAAGAUUACAAAAUAUAUGGAGAUGUUCUAGUUUUUGAUACUACAUUCAGAACAAAUAAGUACAAUCUCAUAUGUGCUCCAUUUGUUGGUAUCAAUAACCAUUGGAAAAACACAAUGUUUGCUUGUGCUUUCAUUGGGGAUGAAACCACAGAAUCUUUUGUUUGGGUGUUUGAAACUUUUCUGAAGGCUAUGGGAGGAAAGCACCCUAUAUCAAUUUUCACUGAUCAAGAUGCAGCUAUUGCUGCUGGAAUAGAACAGGUUUUUCCUUCUUCAAGACACAGGUUAUGCUUGUGGCACUUGAGUAAAAAUGCAAACAGUAGGUUUGGUUUAUUGAAGUCUGAUAAAAACUUCAAAAACGCAUUCUACAAGUGUUUAAGUGGGUGUAUAACACCAAAUGAUUUUGAAGAAACUUGGAAAUCUAUGAUCAACACUUUUAAGCUGGAAAAGGAUGACUGGUCCAAUAGAUUGUAUGGUCUUAAAGAAAAAUGGUGUACAGAUUGUAUUUCAGGUUUCUUCGCUGCCGGAUUCUUCGGUGCCGCUUUCUUCACCAUUUUUUACGAAAAAGAAGAUCGGAAGAGUAAUUUGAUGCAAAUGGAUGAAAAUAAUCACUGA